AUGACAACAGUUGCAUCUGCAUACAAAGACAAUGGUAAAGGUGAGGAACGGGAAGGAAGACACUGUGUGCAUUUCAAGUGUGGUGCAGUCAGCACCAUAAAAGAUGUUCUUCACCAAAGACCAAAUUGGAUGGAAGUCAAAGACAAUGAAGAGUGGGACUUUAACUGGUGUGAUGUGGGCUGGCUCAGAGAAAAUUUUGACCACAUUUACAUGGGGGAACAUGUCAGAAUAAAUCACUUUCCAAACCAUUAUGAACUGACACGUAAAAAUCUCAUGGUGAAAAACCUGAAGAGGUAUCAGAAAAACCUUGAAAAGGAUUUUGGCCGCCCAGAGGCGUCUGAAUGUGAUUUUUUCCCCUGCACCUUUGCACUGCCCAGUGAGUACCAUCUAUUUGUGGAGGAAUUCAAAAGAAACCCUGGCACUUGGAUCAUGAAGCCGGCAGCAAAAUCUCAAGGCAAAGGGAUUUUCCUCUUUAGAAAAUUGAAAGAUGUCACGGACUGGAAGAAGGACAGCUUCCACACAGAAGAACAGAAGGAUGCAGCACAUGUGGAGAGCUAUGUAGCUCAACGCUACAUAGAGAACCCUUACCUACUUAAUGGAAGGAAAUUUGAUCUGAGAGUUUAUGUCCUGGUGACAUCAUACAUUCCUUUGAAAGCCUGGCUGUAUCGAGAUGGCUUUGCCCGCUUCUCAAACACUCGCUUUUUCCUCGGCACCAUCAACGACAAACACAUGCAUCUCACCAACGUGUCUGUCCAAAAAACAGCACCUGACUAUAAUCCUGAAAAAGACUGUAAAUGGCAGCUGCAGCAGCUUCGACGGUACCUGACGGCCAAGCACGGCAGAGAGGUGGUUGAAACCCUCUUUAAAGAGAUAGAUAACAUUUUUGUUCGAAGCCUGCAGAGCGUGCAUAAGGUCAUUAUAAAUGACAAACACUGCUUCGAGCUCUAUGGUUAUGACAUACUAUUGGACCAGAACCUCAAACCGUGGCUAAUCGAGGUAAAUGCCUCCCCGUCACUCGCUCCCAGUAGCAAAGAGGAUUACGAGAUGAAGUAUAGACUACUGGAGGACACUCUGAAUGUUGUUGAUAUGGAGGGGAGACUAACUGGUAAGGAAAAAAGAGUGGGAGGUUUUGAUCUCAUGUGGAACAACGGGCCCGUCUACAGAGAGGACGCCAACCUGCAAACGUUUAGCAGUUCAUGUUUCACUGCCAACACUCACUUAGGGUGUGUGAACGACAGAGAGAAGCAGCUCUCCAUGCUCCUAAAGCCCUUCCCAUUUCAGAAGAUGUAAACACACCAAUAUUCCAUAACCCCAGCAGUCAGUGUGGCACACACGAUUGCCGUAGCGACCAACACUGUCCAGGCAACACUAAUAAAUACAUUAUUACUUGCUCCUGAA